AAUCAGAAACCUCGUGUGACGGAUUAUGUCACUGAUAACAAUGAAAUUUGUUCUAAUGACUCGUCAUUCCCCCCUCGAUAAUUCUUGAUCCACUAUCUCGCAUGAUUAAUUCUUCCAAGUUCAGGAUGGCUGACAUUGCUGGGAAUCUGAGCUCAAUAAAGGAGAAGAUCUUGAUCGCCUGCUCCAAAAGACCACCAGAAUUUUCGAAUGUCACACCUCGUCUCGUGGCUGUCAGCAAGACGAAGCCCCCUAACCUGGUAAUAUCGGCCCUGGAUGCUGGACAGCAUCACUUCGGCGAGAACUACGUGAACGAACUCGUCGAGAAGGGCAAUCACCCUGACAUAAAGACGAGGGACAUUCGUUGGCACUUCAUCGGGCACCUCCAGAGGAAUAAAGUCAACAAGGUCCUCGCUGUGCCCAAUCUGCACGUGAUUGAGACUGUUGACAGCGAGAAAUUGGCAGCUGCCGUCGACAGUGGCUGGCCGAAAUUCAGGAAGCUCGAUGAUGAUAAACUUAAUGUUAUGGUACAAGUUAAUACGAGUGGCGAGGAAGAGAAAAGUGGCUGUGAAUUGGGACAGGCCUCAGCAUUAGUGAAAUACGUCCUCGAGAGCUGUAAAAAUCUCCAUUUCAUGGGUCUCAUGACCAUCGGAACGUAUGGAUACGACCCAGCGAAUGGGCCAAACCCAGAUUUCGUGUCCUUGGUAAAAUGUAGAGAGGAUGUAUGCAAGGAAUUAGGAUUGGAUAAGGAUAACGUCGAGUUGUCAAUGGGAAUGUCGACAGAUUAUGAACAUGCAAUUGAACUGGGGAGUUCAAACGUUCGAGUGGGAAGUGCAAUAUUUGGAGAGAGGCCUCCAAAAGUAUAAGAAAUAAAUCAUCACUUAUUUUAUCGAACAGAAAAAAUAAUAAAACAUUCAAUUUUCAAUUACACUGUUGGAAAAAAAUUAAAAUUUCAUCUACUGUUGACUACUAACUUCUAAGAGAGUAACAUUAAAUUUAAUUUAACAAAAAAAAAAAAAGAAAAUGAAAUUUUAAAAAUUAUCAGCAUCAGGAAGACGAAAAUUCCCUAACUUACUCGAAUUUCCCAAUCAAAACGUGAAUGUUCAGUAAAAAUUGAAUGUGGAUGAUGAAUCUCCAGUUAAUAGAAAAAUUGAAAAUAUAUUGACCUGAAUUUUUUCUGA